CGGUUCAAAUUUAGCCAACUGCACAUCCAUCAAUACUCCUCCUCUAAACUUCAACUUUUUCUUUUGGUUGAUAAUAAUGGAAAUCGAGAUUCCAUGCCAUUUUCUUUGUCCCAUUUCUCUCCAAAUAAUGAAGGAUCCCGUUAUUGUAUCCACCGGAAUCACCUUCGACAGAGAGAAUAUUGAAAAAUGGUUAUUUUCUUGCAAGAACAAUACUUGCCCCGUCACGAAGCAACCUAUCUUGAUCCAUGAAGAUCAUCUCACCCCGAAUCACACUCUUCGUCGAUUGAUCCAAGCAUGGUGCACUCUCAAUUCAUCUUACGGAGUCGAGCGAAUCCCAACUCCGAAACCACUUAUGGAUAAAGCCCAGAUUGAAAAACUCAUCAGUGAUGCCAAAGCAUCUCCGCAUUUGCAGCUCAAAUAUCUGAAGAGGAUUAGAUCGAUCGCGCUUGAAAGCGAAAGGAACAGAAAUUUACUCGAGUCUGCUGGUGCAGUUGAUUUUUUGGCUGCAACUAUAAAGAAUGUUCAUGAAUCUGAUGAGUUCGCAACGGCAAGUGAUGAGGCAUUGAGUAUUCUUUUUCAUCUCAAGAUGUCGGAGUCCAAAUUGAGGUAUCUCAUUUCGAAAAAUGGAGGUGAGUUUUUAGAGUCGUUAAUGCAGAUCAUGAAACACAGUAGCUAUCAAUCUAGAGCUUACUCAACAAUGUUGUUGAAGUCGAUUUUUGAAGUGGCCGAUCCAAACCAGCUAAUUACUCUGAAAGCAGAAAUUAUGAAAGAAAUAGUUUAUGUUUUACGAGAUCAAAUCUCACAGCAAGCAUCAAAGGCGGCACUGAAGUUACUUGCAGAGGUUUGUCCAUGGGGAAGAAACCGAAUCAAAGCCGUAGAAGGCGGUGCAGUCAGCGUUCUCAUCGAGCUACUCCUCGAAACGUCAGAUAAGAGACACUGCGAACUUAUACUAAUCGUUUUGGAUCUGCUUUGCGGAUGUGCCGAGGGACGAGCAGAGCUGUUGAAUCACGGAGCGGGGCUUGCGACAGUGUCCAAGAAAAUAUUUAGGGUUUCUCGGGUGGCAAGCGAAAGGUGCGUGAGAAUAUUAAAUUCUGUGUGCAAGUAUUCUGCAACCCCUAGAGUUCUUCAAGAAAUGGUGCAAGUUGGGGUGGUGGGCAAGUUGUGUUUGGUGGUGCAAGUGGAGAGUAAUUUGAAAAGUAAAGAGAAAGCUAGAGAGAUUCUCAAGUUGCAUUCUAGGGUUUGGAGUAAUUCUCCUUGUAUUUCUUCUCAUUUAUUAUCUUCUUAUCCUUCUUAAUUGUAUAUAAAUUGUUUCAAAGUAAGAAAUGUUUAAUUUUUGUUUAUGAGAAAAUGUGUAUUAGUCAUAUCAUGAAGACAAAGUUGAGUUAUACAAAGUGGUUAUUGAUUCAAUUGUUGAA